GCCCGAUCACAACUUGCACGGCCGCCCAGCGCUGUGUCCCUCCGGUGAGCCCCUGCAAUUUUCCCAGCUCGCUGUCCGCCACUGACGCGUGAAAGCCCAGCUCGCUGGUCUCCCCCGGCACUGCGGGGGGAGCGCUGGGGAUGUCCCCUUUGUCUGGGGAGAUCGGAGGGCAGCCACGCUGGGAGAGGAAGGUCCUCGGUAUAAGAACUGUCACCGAAGCCUGCGGGCACAGUGUAACGAGGGCUGAAGCAGAGAGCACAAGGCUCUGCUAACAACAUGAGCGACUCCGGUCCUGAAAAUGACAAGUCGCCCAGCACGACUGUGGCGCUGGUGGAAAGCAAUACCAACCCCACGGGCCUGCAGCUGGUCAGCACCUACAAGACCAAUCGGCUCGGAGACCCUCUCGACCUUGUAGCUCUGGCAGAACAAAUCCAAAAGGGAGAUGACUUUGUUCGUGCCAAUGCUACUAAUAAACUGACUGUGAUAGCUGAGCAAAUCCAGUAUCUCCAAGAGAAAGCUCGAAAGGUUCUGGAAGAGGCCAAGAGAGACACCGAUCUCCAUCACGUUGCCUGUAACAUUGUGAAGAAGCCCGGAACGGUCUAUUUCAUGUAUAGACGUGAUUCUGGACAGCGAUAUUUCUCCAUCCUUUCUCCAAAGGAGUGGGGGCCAAGCUGCCCACAUGAGUUCCUUGGUGCCUACAAGUUGCAACAUGACAUGUCAUGGACGCCAUACAAAGAAAUCAACAAAAGAGACGCAGAAAUCGGCCUUAUUGACAAGCUUCUAACUGAGCACCAGACACAUUCAGAGCCCAUGGCAGAAGUUACCGGCACUGACCCAGUGAUACUACUUAAUAUUCCCCACCAAGAACAGUCUUAAAUUUAACAGGUCCUGAUGACGACCUUUGGUUAAGAAACACUGUGCUUGCUGGUAUGUUCACAGGACCAUUUUAAAAUCAUAUUUCUUUCAUGUUCCAUUGCAUCUCUUGGUUCCAAUUUUCACUUACACUACUCUACAGCCAGGAGAUGGUUGUUCGUGACAUGUUCAUAUGUCAUUCCUUUAAUGCAAAUAGUAUUCCCUAAUUUAAGUGAAUAAUAGACUACAUAAAAUUGCACAGGACAAAAUAGCAUAAGAACAUCGCUCUGUUAUCAUUAACAGCAAACAUCAGGCCAAAAAUAAAAGACUUCCCUAUCCAGUAGCCACUUACCGUCACUCAUAUUUGGAAUCAGCACAGAAUCUCGGCUCCUUGGAUAGAUCCAAAGAAUUAGAUUAAGUAAUUCUUUAGAUAUCAUAUUAAGUGGCAUAUUUAAUAUUCCAACUUGUGACUGGGUUCAUGAAUUGCUUACACCUAGGGUGGUAGCGGGAAUUAUUUAGUGCAUAUGCACCAAAAGACAUUUGGAAAUGGAUUUAAAUGCGCCAUAAUAUGCUCUCAUUGGAACAGUAUCAGGCUGUUCAUACUUUCAAGCCCGUUCCACAGUGGCUAACCUACAUCUCAGCUCUAUUCAUCUGUCUUCAUUUCAUAGGUUUUAACAUCUUUUAUGAAUAAAACUUGAUUUUAUCUGUUUUGAUUGGAAUGUAAAAUUUCUGUUGAAAGAAUUUCUCUCCAGGUUAAAUUCUGCAAAGAGUUUGACACUUAUACUUCACUGGUAUUUCAGACCAGCGUUCUCUCAUUUUCUUCCAAAUCAAAAUCUACCCUUCCUUUCCUGUUGUUGUGUAUGAUGGCCACACUGUGUGUUUCCACAUGGCCAUUGGAUUACAGAAAUCCUUGUGACAACAGACAUAAACCUCGAGUUAAAAACUGGCCAUAAAAGAAAGGGAACUCUUGUGUUGUUAAUGAAAGUGACAUGACAGUGACAAUGGACAUAACAGCUGUGAAGCUGCCACUGUAUAGAGGUUGAUUCUCCAUAGGGUUGUAGCCAUAGGGUUGAUUCUCCAUAGGGUUUGUAGAGUUAUGUUCAAUGUUCAAAAUAAUUCCUGGCCUUCCUGGAAAAUCUGGUCUUCCUGGAAAAAUCUUCCUGGUGCAUUAGUGUUUCCCAGGAUUACAGUUGAUGCACAAUAAAAAAAAGAGCAGAGCUUCAGGGUCUUUAUUCUGCACCCUGACCAGGUAUGCCUGAGGCCGACAAUGGAUGCUUGAAAUGGCAAGAUCCAAGUCCCUGUACAAGCACCCCACACCUCACUGCAUACAAAUCAGUAACCAAACAUUUGCUUGUUUUCCUAAUGUUAAAAAGGAGCAUUUUAUUUUAAACAAUAACUUAUUAAUUACUUGUUCAGUUCAGAAGAAACCAGGCCUGACUACCUCCUUGACCCCAGUAAUCUGUGCAGAUGUCUAUGAUCCUUUCCAUUUUUUUCCCAUCCAGAUGUUGCUCUCCCCAUCCGCUGUCUACAUUGGUUGCUAUUUUGCUCAAUUCUUCAUGCACAGACUUAGGACAAUCACUGAUUCUUGAUCGGGGUAGCUACAAUAUCUGGAUAACUAGCAGUAUCAACUAUCCUGUGUAGGCCACCAUUCUGAAAGUAGAUGCCCACUGUGUAACCCAAGAAACUAAGCUUCCGUGUGACAGUUGCUGGAAGCCAAGCACAUAACAAUGUAUUGGCAUAGAUCUAGGGGUUGGUGUCCAGUGGGUCAGAGCUGAGUAUCUGUUGUAGUCAGGGUAAAAUACAGUAUUUGCCCAUGCAUUUGUAGGGUGGCAGUACACUCACAUCCUGAGGUGUCUGAUGCGACUUCUACUGUACAUCUAGUGAGGAGUGAACCAGGUGGGAUCACAAAAUAAUGUAAUGACAUACCUAUAUAUAAAUGUAUAUAAAAGGUUAUCAACAUCACCUGCAAAGGCAGUACUUUUUUUGGUAAUUGCCUUAGGACAUGGUGAUGCACUGAGCCAAUUCAGAGGGCAGCUCAAAGUCAUAGACAUAGCAGAGCAACAAACAAUCUGCUGGAGGAAUUCAGCAGGUUGAGCAGCAUCUGUGGGAGGAGAGAAAUUAUCGACAUCUCAGGUCAAAACCCUGCGUCAGGAACUGCAGAAUUCCUCAAGCAGAUUGUUUGUUGUUCCAGAUUCCUGCAUCUGCAGACUCUUGUGUCGACAUAGCAGAGCAUGUGAAUUCACGUACGAGCCAGACAAGAACAGCAGAUUUCCUUCUGUAAGGGACCCUAGUAAACCUGGUGUAUUUGUAUUUCAAUCAGUUUCAUAAUUAUCAACACAAACUUUGUAUUCCAUGUAUAUAUUUAAUUGAAUUUAAAUUCUCCUAAUUCAAUUUCAAAUGAUGUCUUUGGAUCAUUAGACCAGGUCUGAUAAUUACUAUUCAGUAACUCCACCCAUUUGCCAUGUAGUCAGCUCUCAAGUCUUCCACAAUGUUACCACUUGUAAGUGGUCACCCUGGCGGGUGGCGAUAUUUAUUAUGGGGGGGGGGGGGGGCGCGGUUCCCCAUUUCAAGCACCGUAGAAAAAAACUCAACUAAAAUUUGCUAUUCUGCCACACUGUGCCUUAAUCUCAGCCCCUUCAGCAUUUCUGUGAUGUGCCUCUUGUUCCACAAAGAAUUCAGAAUUCUUAGGAUUCUGAAUGGCAUUAAUGAUAAAUUAGGGAAAGUCUUGUGCUGGUAACACAUGCUCCGUAGAUUCUGGAUUUAGAGAUGUCAUAAUCAUUUCACCUCAAAGACUUGCUCACCAUCUGUUUGGGCUGAAUUUGAACUUGGAGCCCAGAGGGAAACCAGCAGUUUCUAAAUCUCUGCAUCACAGAGUUACUGGGAGCAUGUUACUGAAUGGAAUGUGGACAUUUUAAAUAUCUAUAGUCUGUUCCUUGAGUAAGCAAUGAUUGGCUUACAAGCAACAUCAACAUCCUGUAAAUGAAAUAAUAAAGAUGGAUUCACUCAUUUUAUUAAUUCA